GCGGCGCCGGCCAAAAUUCGAUGCAUACGCCAGCCAUGGCUGGCAAGAAUCGAUAAUAUGAAAUUUAGCCACGUAGCCACAGCGCUGCUCCUUGUCACGGCACUCGUAACGGUCACCAACCUGCUGCACCUCCCACACCAUGCGGCGCCGGCCGGAGACAAGGACGCCGCGCUACGAGCAGAACUCAAAUCGCUGGCCGCUGCAGCGAAGGAGGGCGACGCGUUUGCGCGCGAGCCGCCAGCAGCCGUGCCAGCACCACCGGCGCCCGUCGUAAAGCCAGCCGUACCACCACCGUCACCCGAGAGCAAACGCUCGGACUUCGCGGGCACAACAAUCGCAAUAGUGAAGCCGAACCUCUACGACCACGGCCACACCUUCGGCGAGUUCAAAAUAUUUUCGGCCAUCAUGUGGGGCGCGCAAGAAUUAGGAGCAAAGACGGUCGUCGUGAAGAAUAGAGCCGACGCGGCCUCAUUAACCGGUAACAUUAUUGUCGUGUCGGACCAGUACACGGAUGAUGCGUUGAAAAGAGCCGUAUCCGCGAAAAGGCGCUACAACGUGGAUUUUUGGGGCACGCCUCAGCAACAAGUCGCGCGCGGGACGAAAGUUAACGAGUACCUCGUGCCCUACCCGUAUCCCUGCGGCAACACGAUGAUCGGGUUCCGGGUCGAAGAUAAAGCCUACCGCGCGGACCCGCCUCCCAAAAAAAAGGGACUGGUCCUCAUCCUGGGCAAGGAAGCAAAAUACUUCACGCCGGCGGUGCGGCGGGCGCUCGACGCAGUCUCGAAGUUAGAUGGCGUGAAGCUCGUGGCGACCGUGCCCCGCGACAAGGCAAGAGGGUUGCCCGCUUUUAUAGAGAACCGGGGCCUCCUCGACGCCGCGGGCUACUCAAAAUUGCUCGGAGAGGCCCAGGUGGCCCUCGGGCUCGGGGACCCGGUCCUGGGCCCCGGCGCCCUCGACGCGCUCGAGCACGGCUGCGCCGUCGUCCAGGUCAGGUAUCCGAAGCCGCGCGUCGAGAAGUGGGUGAACCCGCGGCUGCCGUGGCGCACGCAGCACGAUUUUGUCGACGCCGUGGGGGCGCCCUGGGUCGCGAGCGUCUCUCUGGAAGAGUACCCCGACGCCGUGCGGCGCGCCCUCGACGCCGUGUCGCGCGAACCGCCGCGGAGCCGCCUCCCCGCGGAAUACUCGGACGCGGCGCUUUUGGGGCGCGUCGAGGGUUGGCUCCGGGGGGCAUAG